AAUGUAUGAGAAUAUAACAAAAACAAUAUAUGAUGCACUGUAUGAACACUUUAAUAACAAUAGUUGUGACUGUUAACAAAAAUGAAUCCAGUAUCCUUUUAUUAACGACGUGACUGGCCAGGAAAACCCAGAAGUAAAAAUCUGUCUAUCAGAAAAACGUCUGGAAACCUGUGUCCCAUAGGCGUGCUGUUUCCAGGAUAAUGCAGGGAUUUCGCAAAAAAAUCUUAGAUAUGAACAAUAAGGGCCAAAUAUAUGAAAAUAAAUUAUGUAUCCCAAUAAAGUUUGAACAAUAAUAGAACGCAGAUAUGAAAAUAAAAUAUGCGCUUCUAAAAUUUUGUGUUUCCUUGUUAAGGUACAUGCUGUCCUGCUUGUUACCUAUUUCAUUAAGGCCCAAGAAAAUAGGAAACAUUUGAAAUGACACACACACUCAAUAUGAACAUAUUUGACAUGUAUUGAUAUGUUCUAUACCUUACAAUAUCAUUUCCAUAAAUACCUGAAUGUUUACAUACACCCGGAGAUGAAGGCAAACAAGUCUUAACUCUUCAUUCUCUUCCUGGGAACUACCUAUGCAAGAACUCUCAGGUAGACAAACCCUACUACUUUUCCAUUCAAAGGACGUGGCUCGAUAUCUUUGCUAUUUAUGCCAGAUAACGCCAUACCUCUGUUUCCGGUCACAUUCCUCUACACAUCAGAAAAAGAAAACAAUUGAGCAACGAACUUCUUUUGGAUUGUGGAGGAAGUGCUGUACCAAUCUUACAAUGCAUGGAAAAUCUAUUAAGAAUCAUGUUGUUCUCCCAACAUUUUAACCUCAUAUUAAAUCAAUAUUCUACAGCUGUCUCCCUUGGUACGUUGUUGUUUAACCAAGAACAUCAACGUACGCAAUUAGGUUUAUGGCUUUUAUACUGAGUUAUGAUAUAGAUAUAUUCCAUAUUCCCCAAAGUUUGGGAACAUAUUGUUAUUUCGGUAUUUCUUAUCACCGUUUCGUUCUCAGAGUGUUCCCAGAACUACACAAUGGAUAAAGAUAAAACCUUUGUAGAAUGGUUGUAUGUCAUUUGUAGAGAUCCAGAACGAAUAUCAUUUUGAUUGAACAUGCAUGCAUGGGUAUGCAUAUUUGGUCUACUGAAUUUGAAAUGAGUUAAACGUUUCUUGUUUUUCAAUGAAAUCUUCUGAACUUUAUACUGAUGGUAUGAAAACGUGAAGAUAACAAACAGUGAUCAAACUCACUCCUAUAAGGAAUACAAGAGUUAGGCAAAUGCGGACCUCUGGAUAUACUGGAGGUGGGAUCAGGUGCCUAGGAGGAGUAAGCAUCACCUAUCGACCACUCACACCCACCGUGAGUCCUCUAUCCUGAUCAGGUAAACGAAGUAUUUCGUAUUCAUAAUCAGUGUACCAAGAACGUAUGCAUUGAACAUAUCAUGACAUUAUCUGCCCUAUUGGCAGGUUGUAUUGGUAAAUUAGAUCGUUAUACCAACCAUAAAUUUUGCGAAAUGCAGACUUUAAUUAAACGAGACUGUUGAAAGCCCUUAUUUGUUAAUAGCCUGCCUUUAUCUUAAAUUUCCCCACACGAAGGUCAAGCUCUUGUCCAUUGCAUCAGUUGAGAGACAUAAACCCCAUAUGUAUGUGAUAAUGGAAGAUUGCUACAUAAGUAUGGGAAGUUGACAAUGGAGAAGCUGAAAUCAUUCCGUUUGUCACAAAGUUGAGUUGUGAGUUCGCUGUUAACAACUGUUCAAUAAAAUGUCUAAGCAUGAAUCAGCUGUGGAAGACUCUGUGAUGUAUUUUAUUUCAAGUUCACUAGGAUACAUCAAAUCGACAUAUGAAUGAAAAUGAUUAUUGAUAGAUAAAACGUCGUCGAUAUAUUUAAAUGUUGAGUUGAAAGCCACAGUUAGAGAUUUUUUCUCGUGUAAUUUUUUAAAUUAAAUUCUGCCUCGUAAGACUGUAAAAACAGGUCAGAUAAUAAAGGAGGCACAUUUGUGCCCAUAUGAUUUCCAACUGACUAAUUUCCAAAUACAACUGGGUAAAAUUAUGUUCGCCGUGUUUCAUGCCAAUUGUGAUGUUGUUCUUUGCAUACUGAUUUUUACUAUUUUACCCAAUCAAGAAAUAGGGCCCACGAUGGUGUGACCGGUCAACGGGCGGUGUGUACUCCUAGACACUUUAUCCCACCUCUGGUAUGUCCAGGGGUCUGUAUUUGCCCAUCUUUUAAGUUUGUAUUCUUCAUAGCUACUGUGAGAUUGACCACUGUUCAUUAUUUUCACGCUUUCAUCGAGUUGUAAAUAUCAAUUUUAUAAUUUACCGCGGUUUUGCAAUUGUCACGUCAUGCCGUCAGCACGGUUCAACAGGGAUCAUAUCAGAAAGUCUGUGGCAGCGAUGAUAUUGGAGUUGUAGGGUGACGGAAUAUACUGAGCUGACCGGCGCUUGAUAUCAUACUAGACUUUCCAGAAGAUGUGGCCAGUAAUUGUGUUUGGGGUGUUGGUCUUUGUGCUUUGGUAUCUAUAUGAUUUCCAUGCUUCAAAAACACGGAAGAUACCUGUUCAUGGUCAGGGAGUUUUAAUCACAGGAUGCGACACGGGGUUCGGACACUACCUUGCUAAACGCUUAGAUGAGAUGGAGUUUCGCGUCUUUGCUGGAUGCCUGGAGAAAAAUGGAGUCGGGGCAGCUGAGUUAAUGAAGUCGUGUUCUGAUCGUCUUAGCGUUGUCCAGUUAGAUGUCACAAAAGAUGACCAAAUUAAAGACGCCAGGAAUUGUAUAGAGAAAGUUCACAGAGACACGGGAUGUGGUCUUUGGGCUGUUGUUAACAAUGGAGGAAUUGACUGUUUCGGUGAUAUUGAAUUUUGUACGAUGGAUAUGUAUCGACAAGUGGCAAAUGUUAAUCUCUUUGGAAUGGUAAACGUGACGAAAACCUUUCUACCAAUGAUAAGAAAAUCCAAAGGUCGAGUUAUCAACUGUACCAGUGUCAAAGGACGUCUCUCCCUUCCUAGAAUAUCUGUCUACGGAAUUACUAAGUAUGGCGGUGAAAAUUUCUCCGACUGUCUCAGACUUGAAAUGAGGAAAUUCGGGGUGAAGGUCGUCAUUGUAGAGCCAGGAGAGUUUGGAGGCGUGACAGGGCUUCUUAAAGGCAACAAUUUAAAGCGUUUGAAAAAUGAAAUGGAUCGGAUGUGGAAUCAAGCAGACCCGGAAGUGAAACAGGUCUAUGGCCGGAAGUACCUUGAAUCUCAGUUUUCUUCAUUGGACAAAGCUGGUGAUACUUCGCCUUGCUCGGUGGAGCCCGUCAUUGACGCAUUCAUUGAUGCUGUAACGUUGGAAAACCCAAAACCUCGGUACUUAGUGGAUGGCGGAACCGGGCUUAUCGACAAAUAUUGUUUCUAUGCUCGGUUGAACCGCUAUUUGCCGACGCCGUGGAUGGACUUUCUGAUUGACCGAUGGUUCAAUUCCCUGGGGACAACGAACAUUGGCACGUGACAUUUAAUGCUGUAUCACAAAUUAUACACAAUGAAAUCAGUAAACUUCCUUAGCUGUUA